CCAAUCCAUUCAUUUGAGCAGCUCGGAUCCAACCUCCAACAUAGCAUGGCACAGCCCAUUCUUUCCUUCUCUCUGCUCCUCUGCAUCCUCUACUUCGCCGGCACCACCGCUUCUGCCGCCGUGGGCAAAAGUUCAACUUCACUUGGAUACAUCAAGACCUCAUGUAGCUCCACUCGCUACCCAUCGGUUUGCUUGCAGUCUCUCUCAGUCUACGCCAACAAAAUCCAGCGCAACCCACAGCAAUUGGCGCAGGCGGCACUAACAGUGAGCCUCAACAAGGCCAGAUCCACAGCUGCAUACGUCUCGAAGAUGACUCGAGUAAAGGGUUUGAAGGGUAGGCAAUACCAAGCUGUGAGGGAUUGUGUGGACAACAUGGGAGACAGUGUGGAUCGCCUCAGCCGUUCCAUGAAGGAGAUAAGUCAGACGGGUAGAUCGACCGGUCAGAGUGAUUUCUCGUGGCACAUGAGCAACGUUCAGACCUGGGUUAGUGCUGCUCUCACCGAUGAGAACACUUGCUCUGAUGGGUUCGCAGGACAUGGCAUGGAUGGAAAUGUUAAGACUGCCAUUAGAGCCAGAGUUGUAAACGUUGCUCAAGUCACUAGCAACGCAUUGGCCUUGAUCAACAAAUACGCUUCCAGGCACAGAGCCUAGACGCUGAGACGCCAUAGCUUUAAAGUAUGUUCUAGGAAUCUUGAGUCCAGGCUUGAUCUUAGUUCUGGUUUGGUUUUUGGUCUUUGGUCUUUGGUUACCUUCUGUUUUGAAUGCCUAUGAGUCUGAACUCUGAAGUGCAUGUGUAUGUAAGCAAAUGUGAACUGUACAUGUCAAAUAUAAGGCUUUUGAUCUAGCUUUUGGCUAGCUCUAUGUGAUGAUAGUAUGCUAUAAGGAUUGAGAA